AUGUCUGAUCAAAUCCUCGCCGGCAAGGUGUGCCUCGUCACCGGUGGCGGCGGCGGCCUGGGCAAAGUCAUUGCAACCAAAUUCCUAGAAGCCGGUGGCAGCGUCGUUAUUUGCGAUAUCAACGAGGAGCGAUUGCAGGAGACCUCGGCAGAGUUGUCGUCCAAGGGUCCCUUGAAGGCCAUCAAGACCGAUAUCACCAAGAACGAAGAGGUGCAAAGUCUAUUCGCUGAGAUUAUCCGCGAAUUCGGCAAAGUCGAUGUCCUGGUCAACAACGCUGCUAUCAUGGAUCAGUUCGACCCAGUCGGGGACUUGGAAGUUGACCUCUGGGACCGAGUGAUGGCCAUCAACCUCACUGCACCAUUCCUUCUCAGUAAGCUUGCUGUGCGCAACAUGCUGGAGCAGGAGAAACCCGACGGUCGGAUUAUCAACAUUGUUUCAGUGGCUGGUCGUGCCGGUUGGGCUAGCGGCGCUGCCUAUACCGCCAGCAAACAUGGCCUUGUUGGUCUAACCAAGAACACUGCCGCUUUCUACGGCAAUAAGGGUAUUAAGUGCAAUGCUCUUAUGAUGGGCGCAAUGCAAACCAAUGUCGCCGAUGCGUUCAAGACCGGCCUUAACAUGGAAGGAUACCAGAAGAUGAACACUGUCUUUGAGUCGAUCAAAGCUCCUUACUGCGAUCUGGAGGAGGUUGCCGGCUUCUGCACUUCGAUGACUUAUGGUAAGGGAGCUAGUAUCAUCAACGGCGCAUGCAUUGCCGUCGACAAUGGCUGGACCUGUGUUGUCGGCUGA